AUGCCCUUACCGCACGACAUAAAAGAAAAAUGGCGUAGUUUACUUACAAACUUGAAUUCCGUGACAAUCACUACGUUUCCUAGAUACUACUUUGAGAAUACACCGCUUACAUCCAACUACACCUGUAUUCACAUAUUCUGCGACGCUAGUUUGUUAUCUUAUGGUGCUACGGCAUACGUAUGCAGAGAUAACCAGUCUACAUUCAUGAUGGCUAUGACGCGUCUUGCUCCGUUGAAAAAGUUAACGUUAUCGAGGUUAGAACUGAUGACUGCAGUGAUUGGUUCCAGACUCUGUAAGCUACUGCAGAAAAACACCAGCAUACCACAGAUAUACCUUUGGUCAGACAGUCAGAUUGUGUUGUACUGGCUCCAGACGUCCAAGACACUCCAGCGAUUCGUUAGGAACCGUGUGACUGAAAUCCGCGAGCUGACCGAAAACCGGAAAUGGAGGUAUUGCCCGACGAAGGACAAUCCCGCAGAUUUAGUCACCAGUGGAAUUUCGACAUCGCACUUCAAGAACAGUGAUCUAUAG